GGCAUCUGGGGUUGUAUAAAUAUCUAAUACCUCAAAGAGAAGAGUGGAGUUUCCUCUUAACUCAUUGGAUGCUUUUUUCCUCCUCAUCCAUCCUUCCAUCUCUUUCUAUUGUUCAAGGCUUUCCUGUGUUUCCUGAAACCAGAUAUGACUUUCUACAGGCACUCAGGUCCACGCAGCUAUCUGAGCUCCACCAUGACUGAGCGUUUUGACUGCCUCUACUGCAGAGACAACCUGCAGGGCAAGAAGUACGUCAACAAAGAUGGCAAGCAUGUGUGUGUGCGCUGCUUCGACAAGCUCUGUGCCAACACUUGCGCUGAGUGUCGCAAGCCUAUUGGUGCUGAUGCAAAGGAGCUGAACCAUAAGAACCGCCAUUGGCAUGAGGACUGCUUCCGCUGUGCCAAGUGUUACAAGCCGCUGGCCAAUGAGCCCUUUGCUGCAAAGGAUGAUGGCAAGAUCAUGUGUGGCAAGUGUGGUGCACGAGAGGACUCACCUCGCUGCCAAGGCUGCUACAAAGUGAUUAUGCCAGGUUCUCAGAAUGUGGAAUACAAGAACAAAGUCUGGCAUGAAGAGUGUUUCACCUGCUUUGAAUGCAAGCAGCCAAUCCGCAGUCAGAGUUUCCUUACCAAGGGUGACGAUACGUACUGCGCUCCCUGCCAUGAGAAGAAAUUUGCCAAGCAUUGUGUCCGCUGCAAAGAGGCCAUCACCACAGGUGGGAUCACCUAUCAGGACCAGCCAUGGCAUUCUGAGUGCUUUGUGUGCCACACGUGCAGGAAGCCUCUGGCUGGAGCUCGUUUCACAGCCCAUGAAGAUCAGUUCUUCUGUGUAGACUGCUAUAAGACUUCUGUGGCCAAAAAGUGCUCUGGGUGUCAGAAUCCCAUUACAGGAUUUGGCAGAGGGACCAAUGUUGUGAAUUACGAAAACAACUCCUGGCAUGAAUAUUGCUUUAACUGCAAAAAAUGCUCACUUUCCCUGGCCAAUAAGCGCUUUGUCGUCAAUGGGGAGGACAUCUACUGCCCUGACUGUGCCAAAAAGCUGUGAUGGCCUAAAUGGAUGGUCAAUAAAGCUGAUUAGCAAAAACAAUUAAGAUGGAAACAAUAGGUUAAACACUACAAAAAAUGUAGUUCAGCUUCAAGUGUACAACUAAAGAGAAAACCAGUGAGAAUGUUUUUUCAGUUUGAUGUUUCAUGUUCUUAGGAGUGUUACUAUGAGUUAACGGCAACCAUAAACCAUUAGCUGGAUUCACAAACCUAAAAUAGAUUUUUAAACUUGUUAUUGUAAAGCUUUGCUGAAAUUGUAAAGUGUGAUGUCAGAAUGGGAAUACAGCAUGCAUUAACACAAUGGAAGUAUUUAAUGAAAUGGCUUGAUGUUGCUUUGUGGGAAAAGGUGUUUUAUUUUUGAACAUAUUUGGCUGUUUAAUUUCUUUAAACUGUAAUUGUAUAUACAGUAUAUAAACAAUAUAAUAGGAACCUAUAAUGAAAAAAUGCAUGUAUUGAAGAGACUGCAAUAAAUAACCCCAAACAACA